AAACAGAAACCUUGCAUUCAAUGUUUUACUUUGAAGUAGUAAGAACAGAAGUAAUAUUUACUUGAAGUAUCAAAUAGCUGGUGGUGGGGCAGCAGAAUGACAUCUGUCUGUUAUACAACUACUAUUUUAUUGUUGGAUUAUUAUUGGUGCUUAAUGAUUGAUUUGUAUUUUAUAUUGUUAGUGAUAAUGUGUAAGCAGAAUUGUACGUUGAAACUGAAGGAUAUAUGGAGCUUAUUAUACUUGUUGGGACUGUUAACAGUUGUAGGUUUUCUUUAUUAAAGCUUUAUCAGAAAAGUAGUUGGAAAAUACAGCUCAGUCCAGAUUGCUAUUGUCCUACAUGAGGACAACAGCAGCAUAAAACCAUAAACACAAGACAAUUAAAGACAUUAAGAGUGCUGAUCUGGUGUGAUAAAUGCAAUGCAGUGUAAAAAGUGCAUGAGAUUAAAGCAAAUGAAAGCUGCAACAAUAAGAGAAAUCUAAAUUGCUAAAGGGGUAUUCAUGAAUGAAUAGUGUUUAUUGCAUAAUAUGGGAUACUGGUAAGUUAAAGCUCUCUUCUUGUGCAGCCCAGACUUCUUAAGAAAACUCACCUAACCAAAUGCAGCCUUUAUACUCUAGUGGCCUCAAAAUCUUUUGACCUACAAGUUCCUGCGAGGCAGCUCGUCACUAAGAAGGGCGUAUGUGGUGAAAAUAUCAGCAGCAGUGAUAAUGCAACCUUGAGCCCAGCUGUCAGUGUACAAACUAAUACACUGAUUCCUUUGUGGAUCUCCGUCAACAGGUUUACUGGUGUACGCCGACAUGUUCCAGUAACACAAAGUCUUAACAUCACACACUCUGCAGGUGUGUUUGCUUGUCAUAAAUAGUCUUUGAGCAAUUAUUCAUUCCCACUUAGACGUGACAUUAGGCGUCUGGCGGGACAUACUAGUCCAGGAAAGUGUUCUGUGAGAAAUAGGAUGGCGGUGGACUGAAUUCUGGAUCUCUGCAGAUCAGGACAGUCACCAGAAAUGUGUUUUUUUUCUAUCUUCCCCUUCAAACAGAGUUUAACUUCCAACACAGCACAAGCCUUUUUCUUAUCAGAUGAAUGCUUCUCCUUAAAGUAUUGUCCUUCAGAAACUUCCCUCUGAUGACAUUAUCUUAUGUACAAUAUGUUUGUACUCUGUCACCUUAUCACACCAUCAACUACAGUAAAGAACAGUUCACACUGCAGAGCUAUGAGCUAUUAAAGAGAGGGUCUAUUGUCUAUGAUGAUGAUGAUGAUGGUACUUCAGUUUAUUGUCAGAUCAAGGAACAUUCGAGCUGUGCUUUUAUUAUAAAGAAGUUAUAAUAAUGUAUAAUUUCUCUACUAUUAUAUUUCAUGUAAAGCUGUGCAGCUCAGAGACCCUCAAACUAGUAUUUUUCCACUCACGUCACUGUCCGUAUGAAGCGGUUACAGCUCCAGGCCUCGAGGUGGCAGCAUCACGUGUUUGUUUCACGGACUGUGACGUCACAGGCUUGAAGCGGAAGUAGCUGUCAGUUCCACGGCUGUGGGGUGAGGAUGAGCUGGUGAGAGGAGGCUUCUGAAAAUACACUCACAAAUCCUGCAAAAAACAGUUUCAGCUGAGAAGUCAUGAAGACCGUGUUUGUGACUGUCGGCACCACGAGCUUCGAUGAUCUCAUCGAAGGCGUCACGUGUCCGGAGACCGUGCAGGUGUUGAAGGCUCGUGGAUAUGAGCAUUUGGUUCUUCAGGCUGGACGAGGAUCUAUUCUUCCAGCUGCUGACAGCUGUCCACACGUCUCACUGGAGGCUUAUCGGUUUAAAGACUCUAUAGCAGACGACAUCCAGCAGGCGGACCUCGUCAUCAGCCAUGCAGGAGCAGGAAGCUGUUUGGAGGCUCUUGGAGCAGGAAAACCUCUGCUGGUCGUCGUCAAUGACAAGCUGAUGAACAACCACCAACUGGAGAUGGCCAGACAGCUGCACAUGGACUCCCACCUGUUGUACUGCACGUGCAGCACCCUGACAGAAACACUGAGGACGAUGGAUCUCUCUGUUCUUCAGCCCUUCUUGCCCGGACAGCCCAAGAAUUUUGCGAAUUUCCUCGACAAAGCUCUCGGUGUUCAGUGAAACUUUAAUCUGACUGCUUGUUUUCUGUUAAGAUGAAGUUUGAUGAUCUUUAGAAUAUCAUGUUUUAGUAGAUCAUGAUACUUGGUUCCUCGUUGUGAUUGCGCAGCACAUCUGACACUAUUUUUGUAUGCAAUAAUAAUAAAAUGUCUUAUUUAAAA